AUGGUUGUGCCUGUUAUUAUACCCGAGAUUGAUCCUAAACCAAUCUCAAGUCCCGACGAAGUGCCCAGCGAGACUGCAUCGUUGAACGCCUCCAUUUGCUUUGUUACUGUGGUAGAGGACAGAUGUCUGGUCCUACUGCGGUAUGCGGCAAGCGAUGCCUCUUCGGUCAAGUCCCAUGAGGGGGAGAGGCUCAACGAUGACAGCAAUUACAGGCUGGCUCUCACUACCUCGACCAUCUCUAUAACGUCGUGGGAUUUGACUGAUGUUGCAUUAAAAGUUAUCGAUUUGACUGGUUCACACUAUAGUGGUCCUGGAAUACGAUCUAAGAAAUCCUCGAACAGUACAGCACGCUCGAAUGUCAGAGCUGGCGGCGGCGGUGGCGGAUCUCGCCUUCUUUCGCGACACUUUGGGUUUUCUCUAUCUGGAGUACAACAGGCCAUCCCGAGUAACGAGCCCGACUGUGUUCUGUUCAAGAUGUGGAAAGGGGGACUUUGGCGAGGCGUGCUCAGUACCCCAGUGUCAGCAGUGGAGCCAAUUCUGGUCGUUUCACAAGUACUUUCAUGGCCGGACACUAUCAAGAGCAUCGAUGCUACUUUCGUCCCCGGGCUAGGCCCAGUGGCGGUCGCUAUCGCAUACGGCACUACUGAGGGGGAUGAUGAUGAUGACGAUUUGGAGGGAAUUGUGUUCGAGCCUGGGGUGCACGAGAAGAAAAGGCCAGGUUGUGCAUUGCUAAGAUACGGCCCUCGAACUGGAUGGAGCGAAGCUCUAAUUAAUGACCCAGAGCUACUGCCCAGACUUGCUAAUGGUGUGAAGAUUGCUCGCAAUGUGAGCUGGGCUGUAUGGAGAGUUGAUAAGACCGACUUGCCGACGGAGGCGUCUCUUGGGGAUUUGAUGAUGGUCGAUUUGGAGCCACCGCCCAUUGGAGGGAAGGCGAGAGCGCUUACCACUGAGGCGGGGAAUCUUGGUAGGUAUAUCAGAGCCGUCAGUGCUGAGUUUAGUGACACUGAUGCUCUCCUGGGCUUGUCUGUGCCCUGCACUACUAGAACGAUGGGCUAUCAGCCAGAUGGAGGAGUUUACGUUUACGGGAGCGAUACGUUGAAAGAUGCACUAUCUCUAGUUGCUGUUGACGCCAAGACAGGCAAGCUAGCCGGAAGCAUCGCUCUCCCAUACGACGUCAGCGCUGAUUCGUUGGCAGUGACUGAGCUCGAAUGGGAUGUUGAGCCUGGGCAUCGGUGUUGUGGUAUGUUAUACUACCUACAGCAGAGGGAUGAUGCUGUGUCCCGCCCGGGUUGCCCGUUGGUGGUCAGCCUACAUGGUGGUCCCUGCUCGAGGAUCUCCCCUAUUAAUAAAGUUGGAAUAUAUGCCAGAUAUCGAGACCUCCUGACGGGAGGGUAUCGAGUUUUUGUACCGGCUUUCAGUGGCACACUGGGCUUUGGUGAUUCUUGGAGUAAAGCGACUAUCGGCACACAGGGUAGUCGCGAUGUAGAGGAAGUUGUGACUGGCAUACAGCAUGUGCAGAGAGAAAUGAGAGGGACGUCAGCCGGUCGUGUUAGCCUUGUUGGUGGCAGUUAUGGCGGAUACCUAGCCUUGCGAUGCGUCAUACUCCAUCCGGAAAUGUUUCAAUGUGUGGUGGCGAGAUACCCGUGGGUUUCCACCAGAUGGAACGGAGCGGAGACGGGUGACUUUACUUAUGAAGAUGAGUUUUGGGCAAACAAGUCUGAAAGUACAGCGUGGCCGGUACCGCCGCAGCUGCAACAAGCUGAUAUACUCGGGCCCCAGGUUCUGCAGUUGCUCAAAGUUCCACUACUGCUCAUGCACGGGUCGAAGGACAACAUAUGUCCUGUAUCGAACAGCAAGGUUCUCUUCAAUGUACUUGACAAUCAACGAGGGAGCUCGGACGGCAUGGCCGCCGAUCUUCGUUUUGUCGUGUUCCCUGGCGAAGGCCACGGCUUUAGAGGUAGCGCUGCGGCAGAGGCAAAUAUGAGGCAGCUCAAAUGGCUCCAUAAGUUCAUGCCGGUGACGGAGAAUGUAUCGGUUUAAUUUUCGGAUGU